AUGAUAUUUGUGCAUCUGUAACUUUCUCACUUGUGUCUAACAAAUUGUGCUUGUUACACAAAAGUAAGACAAUGCAUGGUCCUUUACAGAUUUAUCUAUCGUCAGAUCAGAGCAGGGUCUGCCAUGUUGAGGGCCUACAAAAGUGACACCCGGGCAAUGCCCUAUGAGUCUCUGACGGUGGCUGAUGUUGGGGACGUCAACGUGUAUGAGGCCUACCGUACAAUCCUGGCCACGGGCUUUAUCCACCUUACUAUUGACUCGGCCCUGUGGGUCUCAUCCAUGUGGAUGCCCAAGAUUGGCCCGGGACCCCCUUCAGACGUUGUGGGUAGAAGGGCCUGCUGGACUGCAAGAGGGUUGUCCAGAUAGAGCUGUGUGGAACACGCUACUCACCUGAAGCCUACGAGUGGAGCCGAGGACAGGUACACACUUCAUUGUGUGUAGUGGUCUUCCUCACCUAUGGCGACACAAACAUUAACAAUAGUUAAAAAUACAGGUCCUUCAGAAAGUAUUCACACCUCUUGACCUCUUCCACAUUUUCCUGUGUUACAACCUGACUUUAAGGUGGAUUAAAUUUAGAUUUAAAAAAAAAAAAUCAUUGCCCUCCACACAAUGCCCCAUAAUGUCAUA